UAUCCGCCAUUUUGUUUUACUGCCGUACGCGCAGUUUUUAGUGGCAUUGUGGCUUGUUUUAAUAUGAAUUUAUGUCAUUAACUUGAUCGAAUUGGGUUUGGUUACCCUUGUAUUUUCAGAUCUUACAAAUUAAAACUGUGUUAUUUGUAUAAUGUGAAAAUAAUAUUAUUGGGGCGAUACCAUAAUGACAAUCCGUGAGAAGGUGCCCCGUCUUUUGACCCAGCUUUCCUGACUUUUGAGGCCAAAUGGCGAUUACCAAAUAAAACGGAUGAUUUUUGCCCCAUUUGUCAAAAUGUCAGGGCAGAGCGGUGGAAAGAAAUUAUGUUUGGUCAAACUAAACGAACAAUUAACAUGUAAAUUAUGCAGCGGUUACUUUAUAGACGCUACCACCAUCAUUGAAUGUUUGCAUUCGUUUUGUAGGAGUUGUAUAGUUAAAUAUUUGGAAAAAAGCAAAUAUUGUCCAAUUUGUGAAGUUCAGGUCCAUAAAAGUAAACCUUUGUUGAAUAUUAGACCAGAUCACACAUUGCAGGAUAUUGUUUAUAAGAUUGUACCUGGUUGCUAUCAAAACGAAAUGCGUCUUAGACAAGAUUUUUAUGUAAAUCAUCCAGAAGAAAAAAGUAAAGUUUCUCCUGAAGCAUAUGGAGAUCCUGUAGAUUCACAUAUAUAUAUGCAAGACGAAUCUAUCAGUCUUUCGUUACAAUAUUUUGAUCCACAGUCAAAAGAUAACACUGAUGCGAAUCUUACAAAGGAUGCUAAAUUUUUGCAACGAAGAUAUUUUCGUUGUCCAGCGGCAGUAACGGUAUUUCAUUUGCAGAAAUUAAUAAGAGCUAAAUAUGGACUCUGUGAUGUGCAUAGAGUUGACAUUAUGUUUAAAGAGGAAGCAUUAGAUAAAAGUUACUCGUUAAUGGAUAUCAUGUACAUUUUUCAUUGGAGGCGGAAAGUGCCGUUACAUCUAAGUUACAGGAUAUUUGAAUCUUCUCCAAAACGAAUAAAAUUAUCAGAGGAUAAUAUUAAUUUUAAAAAGUCAUUAGUUAACUCUGGAAUAGAAUGCGUAGAAGCAGAUAAUCAACAAGUAAAUCGUGAAUGGAAAGAAGUCCAAUUAAAAAUAUCUGAAACAGGUGUGAUGAGUAUUACCGAUAUAUCCAAUUCAGGGUUAAAGAGAAGUACAAGAAUAGAAGAAGUGAGAGAUCAAGUGCGUCUCGAAGGAAUUAUAUCGACUGUUGAAACUGCGCAGAAAUCAGAUACUUUAAUGACAAAUCUAAGUUGUAAUAAAGCUAUCGAAGAUACAACACAAGCUAUGUUAGGAAGUGACAUGCGUGGUAUAAAGAGUUCCGAUAUUUUUUUGAAUUUGAAAAACUCUCCAUCUACCGCAGCAAGUGACCUUAUUUUAGAAACGGAUUCGGCGAGUUCUUUAAAUGCUGCUUGUGAUCCAAUAAAUAAUUCACAAAGGGUUAACACAGAGAUGAAAUCUCUUAAAAAUACACAAGAUAUUAAUACAAAUGCCAAAAGUGCACAAGAAAUGGAUGAUGCUACGUUUAAUAAUAACGUACAUACGUCGCCUUCGCACGGACAGAAAAGUCCGGCACACGUUCAGAAAAUAUCUAACUCGGUAGAGGAAAGUCAAAAUAAUGAAAAGGAUCAUGUUAAUGUUACUGCUAAUGCAGAAGACAAAGAAUUGCCAGUAACUAAUAUUAAUAAUAAUAUUAGUACAGGAACAAAGCCUGAAAGUGAUAAAUAUCAUAUGAAAAGUGAUAUCAAAACGGUUAAUACAGGAUCAAAGAUCGAUGCAUUAAGUACUAAAUUACAAUAUCAACCAAAAAUAAGUCAUAUUAAUAACACGUAUUCGAAAAAAGAGAAGAAAGAGAAGAAGUUACAUUUGCAUAAUGACAAAAAAUUAGAUAUUAAACAAUCAGAACGCGUACAGUCUAUGGAUACGAAGAAUUUGCAAGAUAACCACAGUACAAAAACACCAACAAAUACUACAGUGUCUGUAUCGAAAGUGACAACAACUUCGUCAAAUACUGUAGUGCAACAAAAUCAAACUGGAUUGUCAACGACGCAAAAUACAAAUUCAUUAAUUUCCUCUUCUGCAGUUUCUGAUGAGCAACAAAAGGAUACUUCGACGCAGAGCAGUCAAAAUGCAGCAGUCACUGUACAACAAGCUUUAAAUUUACUCGACCAAAGGAUAAAUACUUCAGAACGGUCUUCCAUAGAGUCUACUGUAGAAGUAAGUCAACUAACAAAUUCGAAUGCCAGCGCUAACGCGAGCGUAAGCGCUAACGUUAAAGUACAACAACAAGUACGUAAUAACAACAACACAUUAUUAAAUGAAAUCCCUGCAUGUCUUAAUCAUAACAUAACAACACCCGCAACGAGUCAAACAACUUUAACGUUUCCAUACACAGUUCAAGAUAUAGUGAAUACUACGAUGUUAAAAAGUCCACAAAAGAAUACUAAUGUUUGUUCCACUCAAAAAGUAACGUCUUUACCUGUAAGUAGCGAAAGUAUGAAUAUAUCUUGCACAUCGGCGUCAGAUAAUCCACUAUGUUCUAUACCACACGUAAAUAUGCAAGAUCCAUCUAUGAGUAUUUAUUCUAUACCCAGCACAUUAAAGAAUAGCUAUUCUAAUGUUACUCAAAGUACAACAACUACAACAAUGGCUAGGCAAGAAUUAUCAAAACCUAAUUUCGAAAUAAGUGGGGUUUAUUCGAUUCCACCUUGCCCAGGUGCUAUACCAAUAUCACUAAUGAAACCACUUGUACGCAAGCAUGAAGUUAUAGCAAAAGGCACAAACUUGAAUGAAAUUUGCGCUAAGAUUGGUACAUCGGGUUCUAAGAUAAAUGAUAUUUGUGCAAAAAUUGGAGAAAAUUCCAAAGAAAAGAAUAAGGCUGAAGGGCGCAAUAAAUCAGAUAUUCCAGAUUUACUUAAAAUAGCAAAGAAAGGAACGACAACUGUUUCCGAAUCAACAGUAAAACACAUACCAAAUAUUCCUAAUGUACCAAUAUUUAAUCCUAAUACCAAUAUACCCGCAGAAAGUAAGAAUACUCACGUCGCCAUUAAGGAUAAUACUAACUCUGCUCCAAUAACAUCGACAUCCACGUCAGUGCCAACAUCUCACGGAUCGCAAAAGAUUUCUUCUCUUAAAAAACACAAUCAAUCGACUGGAUACAAGACGUUACGUGAUCCACCAAAAUCUUGGAAUCCUACAUUAUCAAAAAAUAAUUAUGUUGCAGUUAAAAAUCAAACUAAAGAAAUGCAAAGUACUCAAAGUACUGCCUCAGAAGGAACAAGUAAACACAUUCCAUCCAAGCCUGCUAAAAUUUUUAAAAUGAAAAAUAUGCCACGGUAUUUAGGUAAUCCAGCAUCAGGUGUGAAGCCAAUGUAUGGUAUUACGAAUGAAACUAAAGAGAAAGAACAGACAAGCUCAAAAGGCACUAGUUUGAACAUGAUGAAAAUUGAUCCCAAAACAUUAUCGCCAAUUGUUUCAUCGUCCAAUUCUCCCAUUGUUUCACCGCCACCAUAUUCACCUAAUGCACGUAGUUAUCAGAAUACUCCAUUUUCAAGAGAGAUGUGUAGAAAUACAAAUUCACCUAUAUCUCCAAGAAAUUCACCAGUUAAUAUGCUCUCGACUAAUCCAUUUAUACCAUCUCCUACUCCAAAUACCAAUCCAAGGUUAAUAUAUUCACAUUUUCAUACACCUUUUCCUGAUGCAAGUGGCUUUCCAAAUCCACUGAUAAGAUCACCUAUUGGCAUUCCUCCUCCUAGUGCUUUUCACAGUAGUUUACCGCCAACUAUAAAUAAACUUUACCAGCGUACAAGUUAUAUACCGCAAACAACUGGCUAUUCAUCCGUGUCACAACCUCCAACGGUGCAAAGAAUUCCUCCUAGUACGCAUUCGUCAUCACCAAAGUCACCAAAAACUUCCUCCCCUACUAUCAUAUCAUCAAGUUCCUUUAAUCCAAGCAAAACUGAAAAUACCCAAACCUCUGUAACAGCAUCGGUUGACAAUGUAGCAGCGCUUUUUCCUAAAAGUGUAACACAGCAGGAUCACAAUGCCUUUAAUUUAUCUAAAAGUGGUACUUUGAGAAGCAAUUCUUCUAAUUCUAUUAAAACGUGUGGAGUGGACGGAAUAGAUUCGCAAACUUCUAAACAAAAUUCUAUGGUGACUUCUAGUUGUACAACAUCAACAACUACAAGUAAGCAGAAUAUUAUGAAUAGCGUUACAAAAGGAAAAUCGCAGCAAAUAUUAGAAACAAGAAACAACAGUGAUACCGUCGAGCAAAAGAAUCAAGAUGAUAAUAGUCAGAUGGAUACAGCUCUCAAUCAGAAAGAAAGUAUUCACUAUCCUAAUGUGGACUGUAGAAAUACUACCGAACCAACUGAUACAUGCAAACAAAUGGAAAAACAAGAAACAAACAUUAAACUCAAUGGUGAUAUUACGGUUGAUCAUUUUGAGAAUACAAACAAAGUUAAUGAACAUGUGGUAGAUGGUAAGAAAAUCAAGGAAUCUACUAAUCAGACUGAUGCAAAUGUAUCUAAAGAAGAAAAUGAUACGUCUAAAUGUGUUUCACAAGGUAAUGUAUCUACUGAAAAAACUAAAACUAAAGCAGAAAACAAUGAAUCAAAGACAGAUGAUCUUGAAAAAGUAAAUGAACAAGUGCAAAAAAAUAAUUUGGAUGUGCAAAAAAAUAAAAUCGAGUCAUAAGGGUGAC